AUGAAUUGGGAUGCUUUUGCUAUCACGGCAUGGGGUUUGUGGAACAACAGAAACGCAGUUCGGCAUGGGGAAGUUUGUAAACAGGGGAAAACCAUUGCAGGGGAAGCUCAAAAAUAUGAGCUUGAACUGUGUUCUGCUAUACCGGUCCGUUGUAUAGGUGCUUCAUUUGCUCCUAGACUCAAGCACUGGAGUCUUCCUCCUAAAGGAACAUACAAGGUCAAUACAGAUGCAGCGGUCUUCAACAACAGGGGCUCUUGUGGUUUCGGGGUGGUUAUUAGAAAUGACCAAAGGGAGAUGAUGGGAGCUUUGUGCAAGAAAGUUGAACUUCCAUUGAGGGCUAUUGAAGCAAAAGCAAAAGCUACGGAAGCGGGUAUUUAUUUAGCUUGGGACCUUGGACUGAAAGAUAUUGUGGUGGAAGGAGACUCCCAACAAGUUAUACAAGCUCUAAAUGGUUGCAACCCUCCUGCUCUGCCCAUUCUGAAGAUUGUCGAAGGUCUGAAACGUUUUCUGCUGCAGUUCAACUCUUGGAAGGCUAUGCAUACUAGAAGAAACACUAACGAAGCAGCGCACUUGCUAGCUAAGAAUGCAAUAAAUGUGAAAGAUAGUGUAAUAUGGGUAGAGGAUAUUCCUCCCUUAAUAGAACAUCAGAUUCUGUUUGAUAGCGAAGCCGUCAGCCUUGUCAGAGCAGCCCGUCGAGGACAAAUAUCUGUUGAUUACGCCAACCGUCACCUAUCCUCUGCUAAGUUUGGUAGACGGCGCCCACAAGUCAGCCUCGAGGAGUUUAGCUUCCUUGAAAAGGUCUGCAAGAAAACUACGCCGGAGGAAAGGACUUGGGCUAAGUUGGUGAACCCGAGGACCAUUCAUUGGUACUGUGACGGUCCUGAGCCCACCCAAGAAGCGAUAAGAUACGACGAGCGAGUUCACAAACAGAUGGAUGACGCAAAGAGGAGAGCUUUGAUCAAGUCCCAAGCCGUCAAGAAGAGGGAAUCCGGCGAGGAGGUUCCUAAGGCAUCAGCUUCAGUCCCUAAAAGGAAACUGACGACAAAAUCCGACCGUCCCUUUAAGCAACCAAAGGUCUCUCUUGAACCUGUGGUUGGCUUAAUGGCUGAGGGUAACAAGGCCGUCACCCCAGCGAAGCAGGGGAAGGGUAAGGGAUUGAUGACGGUCCCAGACGGUAAGCAAGAGAGACCUCCUUCCCUUCUUCGUGAUGACUCCAAGUAUGCAUUGGAGAAGCUGUCGUCCAUCAUCACGGCAGAAGACUAUGAAGACCUGGGAAACCAUUCGACGGAGGCCAUGGGGGAGACGGGCCUCUUCGCCGUCGCUCAGUCCUUGGUCAUGAUGAAGGGACUACUUGACCGGUGUCUCAACCGUGAGAGUACCUUGGACCGGGUGCGCGCGAAGGCGCAGCAGACGGAGGAAGAGCUCGGACAACUUCAGAGAUGGAGGUCCAAGAUGGAGAAGAAGCUGGAGCUUUCUGAGCAGGCGAGGAAGGAGCUGGAGGAGAAGACGGCCACUUCGCUGACGGUCAUAGAGAAUAAAGAAGCUGAGAUAAAACAACUCAAAGAAGAGCUCCGUCAGGCUAAAGUGGCAGCCGUCGAGGAGUACCGAUGCUCGGAGUCCUGUUUGGGCGAGCUGUCGGACUCCUUCCUCCAAGGAUUCGAUGAUUCCCUCCGUCAAGUCAAGAAGGCUUAUCCAGAGCUGGACUUGACAAUGGUCAAACUUGAGGACCAAGCCCAGACUUCUGCCCUCCCCGUCGCCUCCGAAAAUACGGAGGACCUUUUUGGAGACGGUGCUGCUCAAGGAGACAGAGAGUCCGCCCCGUCGAAGGAUGUCCCACUCCGUCUACCUUCUUGA